AGGAUUUGCGCAGCUUGUUGGAAUGUGGUGCGAUCUUCAAAUUUGAAUUUUAGGCUAGGAUCUGUCCUCCGCGUGUGUAUCAGUUGCCUUUGGUAUCGUGGCGAACCAGUGGGCGAUGCUGAAUCUGCAGAUAGAAAUUUUCAAGCCUGCAGAUCGAGGGUGUCAGGUUGGGUGUAGGUUCUUCGUUAUACAGGUGGAGUGAGUUUUGCAUUGAAGCUGGGCAUGCUCUGAUUUGUGCGUCAGUGCUUCUUCUCUUUUUUGGUUGAAAUUUUAAAGGGUGGAGGGAGGUGCGGCUGGAGAUCUGAAGGAAGGAUUUGAAGAUGCUCUUCCGAUCCGCGAGAAUCUGUGGCGUUUUCUAGAGGACCAUCGUGGGAGCGGAAGGAUCGAGCGAUUUCAAGAGCGGUGUAGGUUCUAGAUGGGUGCAGAGCUUGGCGCGGAUUUCUGAGGCAAGUUGUUGGCGGAAAUCGGCGCCUGGGUACCAAAAUGUAUCAGUGGCGUAAUUUUCAGUUUUUCGAGGAGAAGGCCGUCGGCGGUAAUGUGGCCGAGGAGCUAAAGGAGAAGUUGGAAUGUAGUACUAGCGGUCGAGGUCAAAUUGCAGUGGGGACCGAAGAUGCCAGUGUGCAUGUUCUCGACCGAGGGCUGAAGCUGAGCUACAGUUUCCAGGCUCACUCUAUCAAUGUCCAAUAUAUUCAGCAACUCAAGCAACGGAACAUGCUGGUGUCGGUUGGUGAAGAUGACACAUCAACACCCCGUGUGACAGCCAUGCACUUGAAAAUGUGGGACCUGGACAAAAUGCAGCCUGAGGGUUCUAGCACAACCGGUCCAGCCUGUGUUCGAAGCUUGAAGAUUUUUGCUCCAAAAUUCCCUGAAGCGAAGAUUACAUCUUUUUUAGUGUUUGAGGAGGCCCCGCCAAUUUUGCUGGUCUGUAUAGGACUCGAAACAGGACAUAUUUAUUGCAUACGAGGGGAUGUAGCCAGGGAACGUGUAUCGAGACUCAGACUUCAAGUCGAUCCAGCAGUUGAUAAUCAGCCCGCCUCUCCCGUCACAGGCUUAGGGUUCCGAGUAGACGGUGCCAUCCUCCAGCUUUUUGCAGUGAGUACGACAUCGGUUAAUCUUUUUGACAUGCAUCAGCAGCCUCCACAGAAGCAUGUGUUGGACAUGCUAGGUGGAGAAGGUCAAAACAUGACUAUGAGUGACAAUCAGGAACUCGUGGUAGGUAGACCCGAGGCUGUGUACUUUUACGAGGCUGAUGGACGGGGACCAUGCUGGGCUUUCGAUGGCGAAAAACGAUACCUGGGCUGGUUCCGAGGAUAUCUUCUGGCAGUAACAGCUACUCCAAAGAAGGCAAGCAAGAAUGUCUUCAACAUAUAUGAUCUGAAGAACAAGUUGAUCGCCUAUAGUGUUCCCAUUGGAGAUGUAUCGCAUAUAUUAUGUGAAUGGGGUAGUAUCACUGUGCUCACCAAAGACCAAAAGAUCCUCUGUGUAGCAGAGAAGGACAUGGGAAGUAAGCUGGCCAUGCUUUUCAAGAAGAAUUUGUACACGGUUGCAAUCAACCUUGUCCAGAGUCAACAUGCAGACGCUGCUGCCACAGCAGAGGUGAUGCGAAAAUACGGAGAUCAUUUGUAUGAAAAGCAAAACUACGGGGAGGCAAUGCAACAGUAUAUUCGCACCAUAGGUCAGUUGGAGCCAUCCUAUGUUAUCCAGAAAUUUUUGGAUGCCCAGCAGAUACACAAUCUAACAAACUACCUCGAAAAGCUUCACGAGAAAGGCCUUGCAACAGCAGAUCACACCACGCUUCUCCUUAACUGCUAUACAAAGCUGAAGGAUGUUUCGAAGCUGGAUGAGUUCAUCAAGGGGGAUGAGAGCAGGGAAGGGGAGCAUCGUUUCGACGUGGAAACGGCUGUGAGAGUUUGUCGGGCUGCAGGUUAUUACCAACAUGCUUUAUAUGUGGCCAAAAGAGCUGGAGAGCAUGAGUCAUACUUGAAAAUACUGCUGGAAGAUCUUGGUCGCUACGAAGAGGCUUUGCUAUAUAUAUCCAGCCUCCCUCUUUAUGAAGAAGCAGUCACACUGAAGCAAUACGGUAAAACUCUGGUUGGACACAAGCCGGCUGAAACUACUGCAGCUCUGAUGAAGCUUUGUACGGGAAGCAGCAGUGACGGCACAGAGAACGGGUCUCAUUCCAAUAGUGGCAACCUCCUACCAUCUCCGGUCGACUUUGUUCAUGUGUUCAUUGACCAACCCAAAUGGUUGAUGAAGUUCUUCGAAAAGUAUGUCGAACAAGUGAAGGAUUCUUUGGCUCAUCUGGAGAUUCACAACACUCUUCUUGAGCUCUAUCUGUCAGAAGAUCUGCGAACCCCUGUGCUCACGGAAGUGGUAUCGGAAGCGCCUUUUGUGAAGGAAACCUCAAAGGAGACUCCUAGUUUGAAGGAAAUUAGUCCUGUGAAAGAGAAUGACCCUUUUGCUACCUGGGGCCUGAAAUCAAAGUCCAGUAAAACGAUUGUAAUGAAUGGUACCCCUCCAAAAAUCAGGACCAAAGAAAAACCAGUACCAAUUGUAGUUGUACCAGCCGUGGAGAAAGAAUCCCCUGAGGAUAGAGAAGAAAGACUGAAGAAAGCUUUGGGUUUACUCAAGAACGGUUGGGGUCCACAUGAGCAGCAACCAAGAUACGACGUAGAUCUUGCUCUUGUUUUGUGUCAGAUGCACAAUUUUAGGGACGGACUGUUGUUUCUGUACGAGAAGAUGAAGCUUUAUAAGGAAGUCAUGGUGGUCUACAUGAAAGAUGGAGAUUAUCAAGGGUUGAUAUCGUGUUGUAAGCGACUGGGUGAUGCCAGCCGAGGAGGAGAUUCUUCAAUCUGGAGUGAUGUGUUGACCUACUUUGGGGAGCGUGGAGAAGACUGUUCCAAGGAAGUCAAGGAGGUCCUAGUGUACAUUGAGCGCGAUAAUCUUCUGCCUCCACUCAUCGUCUUGCAAAAACUGGCCAAGAAUGCCACACUGACCUUGUCGGUUGUGAAGGAUUAUAUCGCUCGACAGAUACAGCAGGAAACGAGAUACAUAGAUGAAGAUCGGAGAGCGAUUGAGAAGUACCAGGAGGAAACUUCAACAAUGCGAGCUGAGGUUCAUGAACUCAAAACCAACGCACGCAUUUUCCAGCUCAGUAAAUGCACUGCUUGUACAUCUGUUCUGGAUUUGCCAGCCAUUCACUUUCUGUGUAUGCACUCCUUUCACCAGCGUUGUCUUGGGGACAAUGAGAAGGAGUGUCCAAUCUGCGCACCUGCUUAUAGACAUGUUUUGGACUUGAAGCGAAACUUAGAGCAGAAUGCUGGUGAUCAUGACACAUUCUUUCAGUUGGUGCGUAACUCAGAGGAUGGGUUUUCAGUUAUUGCGGAUUACUUUGGAAGAGGCAUAUUUAGCAAACCGGAGAAACCCUCUAGUCCAUCUAAUGGACUGGUUAGAACUAGUACUAACUCGUCAUUUGCGUGAGCGGUGCCAACCGUACAGGAUAGUGGGAGAAAGGUUGUGAAGUUUUGUAUAUCAUUUAUUACUUUUUGAUUUUGUAGGUACAUAAAAUGACCUUGAUAGGAUUUGCACUGCAGAAUGAACUUGGGAUUGCCCCCAGCCACAUGAAUGAUGUAAAUGUUUGGUGGAUCAGACAGGAUGCUUUUCAUACUCUACCUCACAAAAACGCUUAUCCAAACGUCUAGGAAGAGCAUUAUGUAUAUCAUCUUCAUUUCAACGAAAAGCAAUAUCACGUAUCCCAGUAUUUGAAUUGUUCAGAUGUCCUAGACGGCCAGCUUUCGAGAUCUCGGGAACGGAUUAUUGUACUAAGUUUAAAUGCCGCCCACAAUGUAUAUACAUGGAGAAGAGUGCAUUCAGUAAACUCCAUGUCAGUGGGUACCAAGAUAACACGGAAAAUCUUAAAUGUGAGGAGGAUUAUUUUUUCAACAUUCCAUCGGAUCAAUUACUGUCAGCGUGCGCUUUGGCCGGCGGUGAAAAAGCUCAAGUUCGUUGGCAAGACAACCUCAA